AUGGUGUCCAGUGAAGAUGAGUUAAGGGAAAUUGAGAUGCUUGAGAUCCCUGAAGAUCUCUCUGAUACGGAUUCUCUUUCUGAUGAAUAUCAAGUUGUCAAUGCAGUAACACCUUCUACUUCAUCAAACACAGACGACAAUAUAACAACAGCUUCAUCAUCACCUCGUUCAUCAUCAGACGAAACCACAAUUUCAUUCAUUGAACAAGACCACAUAGAGUUACAAGAGUGGCUUAACUCUGAUGCCAAAUUUCAGUUCCAGUUCGACGAACGUAGAUACAAGCAUUCUGUUAAGCAUGGAGGAGGCGUGUCUGUGGAGUUUGUCAAUGCGUUGUUCAAGAUUUAUGAAAACUUUUCUAAGGCGAUCGCUAUUGAUGAAGAAAGUGACGACGACAAUAAUAGCAUGUUUGAUGAAAUGAUUGGUGUCAUUAGCGGAGACUAUAAAUCAUUUAAGCAAGAGAGAAAACAUGAGAAACAAAUAGAGUUGACCAACGCCAUAAACAAGAUCAUAGAAGUCAUAAUUCAGAGAAUUGAUGAAGAGGAAAGGAAAAUUGAAAAUAACGAAAGUGUUAUAUAUGAAUAUCAUAAAUUAUUGGCGGUUUUAGAAUGUCUCAAGGCCAAUUACUUUUAUGAAAGUGUAGUGAAUCGCCCUGAACUCAUCUCCAAUUGGAUAAAUAGAAUAGAUCCUAAACCUAGUAUGGAGUUGGUUGAGUCGAUUAUGAUAAAUACACCUGAACCUUACUUACAUCCACAAUUUUGGAAUACGUACCUUUCCCAGUUGAUAACUAGAGGAUUGCCUAGUCAAGCGGUAAAUGCGAUUGAGAGAUCAAAAUUCACUCAUUUACAAACAACAAAUCCAAUAUUAUUCAGUGUCAUUGAGGAUUUCAAGACAUUUUUGGCUAAUUAUACCAGUAUGUCACUAAAGCACCAGUUUAAUGAAUGGAAGCUUUCAUGCUGUGAAUUUAGAGAUUCUAUUUCCAAGGUUAAAUCUCAAAUGUCUAAGGACGACAACCGCCAUGUUAUCAUUUUACACCAGAUCUAUGAUUUACUAGGAAUACUAACGGGAUUACCCAAGACCAUUGCCAACGCUUGUGAACACUGGUACGAAGUAUAUUCUGCAUUUGCAUUAUAUAAAGUGAGAUAUGACGAUACGUUGUACAAGGGGUAUUUUGAGUCGUCUGUACUGGAAAGACCACCAGCCCCAGAAUCUUCCGAGAAUGAGUUAGACUGGGAUCAAAUCUGUUACAAUGCCUUGAAUGAAAGCUUUUUGAAAGUUCUUCAAAGCAUUGACAAAGUUGACUCCGCCACUAGUACAUAUGUAUCCAGAAUUUUUGAAUUGAAAGGAUUUUUGAAAGAUUACAGAAAGAGCAACCACAACAAUAACGACAAAGAUAGAAGGACUGUCUCGGAGUAUCUCGUUUCGAAAUACGCAUACCUGUGCUUAAAUAAUCAUGAUCUUGUACCAAUUGGAAUUGGAUUGUUGCUUGAUCCUACGGUAUUUGUGUCCAGCCAAUCAAAGAGCGACAAUAGAAAGACUAUUGCUGAGUUUUUACCACACUUUGAGUGCAAGACCAACGAUGAUUUGGAAUGGAGCUUGACCAUCUGCGCCAAGCUCAAUUUGAAGUCGACUUCCCAAGCUUUAUAUUUGAAGUUUGGUGAGAAGUCCUUAAAAGAUGGUUACCUUUACGAAGCCAUGAACAUGUUUGUCAAUUGCCAGACAUCUAGUAGUGGAGCUCUCGGCUCUUCUAACCCUGCAGUUUCAUACUCUAAUUUGGGAAUGGAGAAAGUGCACCACAUUGUCUGGGAGUUGAUAUUCCAAGAUGCCUUAGUUAAUAACAGACCAAUCAAGGAUGAAUUGAUAAACAAUAUAGUCAAAAAAGAUGUGGACACCAAAUUUGAUAUUCACCCUAUCCUAAAACAGUGCCUUUCCCCUUAUGCAGUUUUGUUUGAAUUCUACAAGUACUUAAGUACAGAUCCCGAGACAGCACUCACCAAACUUAGACAUUUGAUUACGUUCAAUUUCUUACCAAAGAAGUAUUAUCCUUUGCUCUUGUGCCAAUACUUCCCCUUCUUGGUAGACCCAAGCUACCAAUUCCAAUUGCCUCAGUUAAUAGGAAUAAUUGAGUACAUUGAAAACUAUGAUGCCAAAGCAGACAACGAGUAUGAAGAUGGUAACACACUUUACCAGUACAGUAUCAGUCAUAUAGAAAAAGAUGCUUCCGAUCGAGAUUGGAGAUUAUACCUUAAAGAAAAUGGAAAGGAAAUACCAAAGGAUGUGAAGAGUGUAAUCAAGUCACUCAGAAAUGAAGUUGUGGCUAGAAUAGGGAGAGUUUACAUAGAAGAUUAG